CCGCGAAUCCCCUUUAAAUUCCAUCCACGACUUUCCUUCUGCCUCUGUGACGUCACAGUGACGUCGUCCGCUCGAGACGACCCGGAGCUCUGACGUUUCUAACUCAGGUCUUCAACGGCGAAAUGCCACCGUUGCUAGGGUUAGGUUUUCCUAUUUUUGUAUUGUGGAAUCUGGUGUUGAGUUUCGUUCCGAGAAUUACUUUUCUUAUUGGACUUUUUCGUGGAAUGAGGCGUUUAAUGUAGUGCUGUUUUAGGGAAUACUAGGUAUUUCAAGAAUUCCAGUGUUGCAGGUUCUGACUUGGAACUGAAAAUAUGGAAGGACAUUCUUCUAAACAGGUUGAUGAGGAAAAUGUGGAUGUUGGAAAAAGAGAGAAAUCUGUGUCUAUUGACCUUGGGGGGAUUACUUCAAAAGCAAAAAUGAGCAGUAGUGGAAGUUUGAACAGUAAGGAUCUUUUUUUCAGAGCGGAUAAAAUUGAUUUGAAGACAUUGGAUUAUCAGUUGGAGAAGCAUCUUGGCCGGGUUUGGUCUAGGGGGAAGGAGGCUGUGAGGCCAAAGGAACAAUGGGAAAUUGAUUUGUCGAAACUUGAUAUAAGGCACGUCAUUGCGCAUGGGACUUAUGGUACGGUGUAUAAAGGUGUUUAUGAUGGGCAAGACGUGGCAGUUAAGCUGUUGGACUGGGGAGAAGAUGGUGUUGCUACUGAGGCUGAAGCUGCUGCACUUCGAACAUCAUUUCGACAGGAGGUUGCUGUUUGGCAUAAACUAGACCAUCCAAAUGUUACCAAGUUUGUUGGAGCUUCAAUGGGAACUUCAGAACUUAAGAUUCCAGCUAAUAAUUCGGCAAAUUGUUAUAGUUCCAUUCCUUCUAGGGCAUGCUGUGUUGUUGUGGAGUAUCUUCCUGGGGGUACAUUGAAAAAGUUCCUGAUAAAAAACAGGAGGAAGAAACUUGCAUUUAAAAUUGUUAUUCAGCUUGCUUUGGACCUUUCUAGAGGGCUAAGCUAUCUUCACUCAAAGAAGAUUGUGCAUCGUGAUGUUAAAACUGAAAACAUGUUGCUAGAUGCAUCAAGGACACUAAAAAUUGCUGAUUUUGGAGUUGCACGAGUUGAAGCUCAAAACCCAAAGGAUAUGACUGGCGAGACUGGUACCCUUGGAUACAUGGCUCCAGAGGUCCUGAAUGGCAAACCUUAUAAUAGAAGAUGCGAUGUGUAUAGCUUUGGCAUCUGCUUAUGGGAGAUAUACUGCUGUGAAAUGCCAUAUCCUGAUCUCAGUUUUGCAGAAGUCUCUGCUGCUGUUGUUAGGCAGAACUUGAGACCCGAGAUACCUCGUUGCUGUCCAAGUUCGCUGGUGAAUGUUAUGCGCAAGUGUUGGGAUGCAAACUCAGAGAAGAGACCUGACAUGGAUGAGGUUGUGAGGCUCUUAGAGGCCAUUGACACAAGCAAGGGUGGUGGCAUGAUACCUGAUGACCAAGCAGCCCAUGGUUGCUUCUGCCUUGGCAAGCAUCGUGGUCCAUGAUCAUCAUCAUCAUGACGACUAGGUGCAUAUGUUUCUGUAUGUUGUACAUACAUACAUACAAGCACACAUACAUGCAUCCCGUUCAUUCAUGCAUGUGCUAGUAUGUGCAUGUAUGUGCAUGUGUAUAUAGAGGCACGGACAUGCAUACACAUACACCUUCUGCAUUGAUCAGUGCAUAUGAUUUUGCAUAGGUGGAAACCACCAUUUUUCCUAUGAUAUUGGUUCAUAUAAUUUGCUCUCAUGAUUUUUUUUUGGGUGGGUAAGCUGGGAUUUUAAACCUUGGGGUUUUACCGUGUGUUUAGGCCCUGAUCUCCCUGUUUUCUCUCACAAGUGAUUUGGGGAUUAAAUAACUUUUGAGAGCAUUGUUGAUACGGUUAAUGAAGGCUAGUCGUGAAGAGCAUUGAGCUUGCCCAUUA